UCAGAGAAGGCUUUGGAAGACAGCAACCUGUGAGUGGGCCAUAAACGGUGAACAGUUUGCUAGAUAGAGAGGGUGAACAUGAGGGUGUGUAGGAGGGAAGGUCAGUUCUGCGAACUAAAUCCUUUCACAUCCACAUUCAGAGCAGGGGCCUAUCCCUAGGCCCUAUGGAUCCCGUAUUCAGAGGCUCAUCUGUAGCUGCAACCUCUAAACUUGGCCCCAUCUCCUGACAUUUCUGAGUGAAAAGGAAUCACUCUCUAGUGUGUGUGCUGCAGGCCCGUGGUGGCUGUCACAGUACAGUUAUUGCGGAAUUAACAGGUGAACAGCCAUCCAAGUGGAGAGGCACAGAAUACUUCCGGUCCUAGCUCUGUCUCCAACUCAGUGUGUAACUGUGGACCGUUUCGGCCUCAGUUUCCCCAUCACUAAGAUGGGAGAUUGGCUGUCAACUCUGCCAGCUUCCUGCCUGGAGUGCAGCCCUGACACCCUGCCUGCAAGACACACGUUAGCAACGACCGUUCUCUCUACGCCAAACUCAUUUGUCUGAGCAUAUCAGCAACACGACACCUCUCAGUUCAGUGGAUUUGAUGUGAGCUCCGGCCCCUGGCAUACCUAGCAUGUAAUACCUGCAAGCUGAAAAGGAGCAUUUGAAGGCAAACUGCAUGGCAGGAGGAAGCCUGUAGGUGGCGCUGUGGCUCCGGUUGCCGAGCUGCUCUCCGAAGAUCCAUUUUCAGAGGAUCUGGGAAAACCGGGCAGGGUUGAUGGCAGCUCUUUCUUCUCGGUGCCCUCGCAGUGCAGCAGGCCCCGCUUAUUUGCAAGAAGUAGCCAGGUCAGCCCACUGGGCCUCCCCACCCCUUGUGCCCCUUCGCAUGUUUCAGAACACUGUCUUUUCCUCUGGGUCCUUCCAUUCAGGAGAGGAGGAGGAGGAGGUGAGCCUGUUGAGAAUGGCGUUGGUGGGGCAGGGGCCGGUUCCCCUGUUUCUGGGGACUUUCUGUGCUGGUUGCAGGCAGGGGCCCUCAGUGUGGAGCUGCGGUGAGCCUGUACCCCGUCGUAUUUGGAUCACAGCCCCCGUGACCCCCAGCGCCCUCCAGGCACUCCACACCUGCAGUGAUUCGCUUGGUAUUUUAAAAGCACUCCAUCUUCUGCCUGCUGCCUUCUCUCCAUUUAUCUGGGUCCGGCUUUUCGCCGGGCCAUCUAAUAAAGAAUCCAGGGGGGAGAAUGAUGGGGGCGAGGAGAGGGAAAGUGCUAACAUUUAUUAAGUGCCCGCUGGGUGCCCAGCAUUUCCUCAACAACCAGAGUAGCGGUCUUUCUGCUUUCUUUCAGCUG